GCCCCCCUCGCUCGGGCCCCGGCCCCGCGCGGCGCGCUCUUCACUUCUUGGGGGCUUUUUAAAACAGCGCCACUGGGGUCUUCUCCAUGCGGCUCGGGCUAUGACAGCCUCCGUGCUCCUCCACCCCCGCUGGAUUGAGCCCACCGUCAUGUUCCUCUACGACAACGGCGGCGGCCUGGUGGCCGACGAGCUCAACAAGAACAUGGAAGGGGCGGCGGCGGCGGCAGCGGCGGCGGCCGCGGCGGCGGCGGCGGGAGCUGGGGGCGGGGGCUUCCCCCACCCGGCUGCCGCGGCCGCGGGGGGCAACUUCUCGGUGGCCGCAGCCGCCGCCGCCGCCGCCGCCGCCGCGGCCAACCAGUGCCGCAACCUGAUGGCGCAUCCCGCACCCCUGGCGCCGGGCGCCGCGGCCGCGUACAGCAGCGCCCCGGGGGAGGCGCCCCCGUCCGCCGCCGCCGCCGCUGCCGCCGCUGCUGCCGCCGCCGCUGCCGCCGCUGCCGCGUCGUCGUCGGGAGGGCCCGGGCCGGCGGGGCCCGCGGGUGCCGAGGCCGCCAAGCAGUGCAGUCCCUGCUCGGCGGCGGCACAGAGCUCGUCGGGGCCCGCGGCGCUGCCCUACGGCUACUUCGGCAGCGGCUACUACCCGUGCGCCCGCAUGGGCCCGCACCCCAACGCCAUCAAGUCGUGCGCGCAGCCUGCCUCGGCUGCCGCCGCCUUCGCCGACAAGUAUAUGGACACCGCCGGCCCCGCGGCCGAGGAGUUCAGCUCCCGCGCCAAGGAGUUUGCUUUCUACCACCAGGGCUACGCAGCCGGGCCUUACCACCACCACCAGCCCGUGCCCGGCUACCUGGAUAUGCCAGUGGUUCCGGGGCUCGGGGGUCCUGGCGAGUCGCGCCACGAGCCUCUGGGGCUUCCCAUGGAAAGCUAUCAGCCCUGGGCUCUGCCCAACGGCUGGAACGGCCAAAUGUACUGCCCCAAAGAGCAGACGCAGCCUCCCCACCUCUGGAAGUCCACUCUGCCCGACGUCGUGUCCCAUCCUUCAGACGCCAGCUCUUAUAGGAGGGGGAGAAAGAAGCGGGUGCCUUACACUAAGGUGCAGUUGAAAGAACUCGAACGGGAAUAUGCUACGAACAAAUUCAUUACCAAGGACAAACGGAGGAGGAUAUCAGCCACAACGAACCUCUCUGAGAGGCAGGUCACAAUCUGGUUCCAGAACAGGAGGGUCAAAGAGAAAAAAGUCAUCAAUAAACUCAAGACCACUAGUUAAUGGAUUAAAAGGUGGAGCAGAGGGCAGCUUGAAGAAACGCUUAAGGACUUG